AUGGGUCUGGUAGAUAACGGCUGCGACUCGGCCAGCCACACCCACAAGGUGUUCCUCCUCGCCAACUACGCCCUCAUCGGGGCCGCCUCCAGCUGCAUCUUCCUCACCCUAUCCCUCCGCCUCAACCCCUCCCUCGCCGGCGCCUUCCUCGUCCUCCUCCACGCCGUGACCAUCGCCGGCGCCGGCUGCAACGUAGCUUCCCGCGGCGGCGGAUCCAGGUUUUACGGGGCCCACAUGGUGGCGACCGCCCUCACCGCCAUUUUCCAGGGCUCCGUCUCGGUUCUGAUCUUCAGCCGGCCGCGGAUUUCCUUGGACACCUCAAGUCGUACGUCCGGGAGGACGACGCCGUCUUCAUCCCGAAACUCGCCGGCGGGCUGUGCGCGGUGA